UGGGGUGGCCUUGUGGAUAGAAAAAAAACGGGCGUUUUAGCGCGUCAGAUCUUAACUGUGUCAGGGUUUUUAUUUCUCUGCACGCAGGACGUUUGCGUGUCUGUUUUCUCUAUUGUGUGCUGGCUGGAGCCUAAAGUGGGCGUCGCUCCAGGACAGGCUGGGCUGCUCCGGUGCGGCGCUGCCCGCUUUUCUCUCGCAGGACUGCAGCACCAUCAUGCCGUUUUGUUGGUCGAUUGGUGCCUCGGCGGAAGAAUAAUAGCUCAGUUCAGAUAUUCCUCUUGGUUUUGAGUGCAGGGGAAAGGACUGUAGAGUGCUGCGGGCGGGUGUUUCGCCGUGGGUUUAUCGGGCGCUGCGGAGCUUUUCAGAUGCCACGGUGUUGCAAUUUAUAUACGAAAGCUUUCGAAUCAGAUUUCUUUGGCUUCAGGAAAAUAGACACCAUUCUUCAAAUCAGGCAACCACAGAGGUGGUUCAACACAGCCGACAUCACCGUGGCUCACCAAAGCAACCUCCUGAAGCAGCUCAACCAGCAGCGCCACCAGGAGCUUUUCUGCGACUGCAGUGUGCUGGUGGAGGGCCAGCUCUUCAGGGCCCACCGCAACGUCUUGUUCGCCAGCAGCGGCUACUUCCGCAUGCUGCUGUCUCGGGGGCCCGAUGGGCUGCCAGAAACUGUCAACGCCACCUUCGAUGUCUUCAGCCCAGAGACUUUUACCGUCAUCCUAGAUUUCAUCUACUCUGGGCAACUGGACCUCUCUAGUCAUAAUGUUAUUGAGGUCAUGUCUGCAGCCAGCUACUUGCAGAUGAACAAUGUCAUCAACUACUGCAAGAACUUCAUCAAAUCCUCCCUGGACAUCAGCGUGAAAGAUGAAGACAGCGAUCGCUGCCUCAACCUGUCUGAGACCUGUUCUUUCACCAGCGGAGUAGGAGAAGAGUCCACAGAGCAUCAGCAGCAAGGCCCCCGCUCUGUCAGCCCACCACCUGCGCUCUGGACCCGUGACAACUCCAGAUCCCAGUCCAGUUUCAUGGGGAAGGAGCCAGAGCAGGAAGGUUCAGCCUCAGCCCUAAAGACUAACCCAAGUAGCCCUGCUAAUGAGCUCAGUGCAGAGACAGAUGACCUGCAUGACCCUCAGGACCCUCUGUACACACUACCUGGAUCAGAGCGCCGGCGUGGGAAAGGGGGGACCAAAAGGAGAAUCCCCAACAACACUCGUUCUGGCCAGCAUGAAGACCUGGAUAUUCAGGAGGCAAGAACCCUAAAGGCUGAAAAGGCAGAGGAGCUUUACGCCACACUACCUCCAAUUGUUGGCGUUAUUGGCCACUUUAAUAAAGAUUCCAACCCUGUUAUGCGCUUUAAAUGCCCUUUUUGCACACACACUGUGAAGAGGAAGGCGGACCUGAAGCGUCACCUGCGCUGUCACACCGGUGAAAGACCAUACCCCUGUCAGGCCUGCAAUAAGCGCUUCACCCGUCUGGAGCACCUACGUAGCCACUUUGAGACGUGGGUCGCGGGGGAGCUGCUGCCUAUCUCCAGCAGUCUAUGGGCAAGAGGCGGGGUACACCCUGGACAGGUCGCCAGUCCAUCGCAGGGCAACACACUGCAGAAAAAUGUAAUGGGUAAAAUUUGAAAUCAAGCUACAUACUGUUUAGUUUAGCUUAAUUUUUAUCCCCUCAGUUUUAUCAGUGUAGUCAGAUGGUAAAUAUUGAAAACUAGCUUGUAAAAACCUGUCUUGUUAAGGAAACCAAUGCUCAUUUUGAUUUUAGUGCCCAUUCUAAACAUUCAUAAAUUGAAGAAGUGAACCAACCCUAAAGAACCAGACACAGGAAAGGCGACUAUCUUUGUUUGUAUGACUGGAAGAACAGAGACCUGACCGGUAAAACCCCUCGUCAAAAUAAAUCCGAAAAAUGCUAAUUUUGUCACAGUAAUAACAGUAACAGUAAUAAUUCCAUGUAUGUUCAAGAACAGUAAAGUCAGCAAAGUGAGGAUGGUGUUUCAGUACGUCCUUGAACAUCCCCCAGCACUAGGAGCCUAACAACAAAUGUUUUUUGGGACGUCAUGAUAAUAGUGUAACCAGGAGGUAAAAAUCCUGAAAAAUUUCUCCUUUAUAUUUGGGACAGUGCGUUCUACUUUUAAGUGCAGGUUAUAGGACAUUCGAAGGUCUUAUACUGUACCGAGGGUAAAGUUAUACCAUCCAGAGUAUCCAAAUGUUGCACCAUUUUAUUUAAGAUGUUCAGGUUUAAAGACAACAGUUUCAUCUGCAAAAAUGUGUGUGGAGCCCCAUGUGGACUUGCGGAAGGGCAAAAAUGUGGCCCACAGUAGGACCUCCAACUGUCUGCUACAUUGAACAAUCCCAUUGUGGGAACAUGACGAGCCUUUAUUUCUGUGGUCCUGGAUACGGGUGUAAUCUGUUCACCAUGUGUGGGGCAAACAAUGUUCAGUUAAGGUAGUGUCCAAGUGGCAGACUGUAUUUAAAAAUAUGGGCAAAAUGUGGUCCACCACUAAUGCCACAAAGAGCCCUCUGAGCUUGGAGUGGGCAGCCCACCCUUUGCGCAGGUCUGUUCAGACCCCACUGUCUUCACCACCCACUACAAUUGAAGGUCCCAUUCUGGAUAGCCAUCUGUGGGCCAAAUGCUUUGCCUGCUGUGUCCCAACAUGGGGCCCAGGCCGGAUUUUUCAGGAUAUAAUGUUUUCUAGUUUGAUUCUCCAUUACCUGUAAAAGUUUUAACUACACUUGUAAAUAUUUAAUCUACCCCAGUAUUUUUACAUGACAUAUUGAAGGCAUCUCUGAUUCAACUUUUUUUAAUGAAGGGAACAUUUUAGCAUCUUAGAUCAAUUCCUAUUAAUCCGACUAAAAGACAACAGAUUAUUUAACUGAAAUUUUUGAAGAAUAAGUAGUUUAAGUCUACGUGUUCCCAUGUUAAGACUAAAAAAUGUCUUAAUCUGUUGGAUCUCCAGAAGAGAUCUAUGAACUUGAAAUGUUCUCACAGUCUGAAAGAUUUUGAGACUUUUUGAAAGCCAGUGGGCAAAUAUUGCCAACUCACAGUAUAGUAUCCUGAAAGACUUCUACCACAACAGAAGGAAAGCAGAUUUUUUUUCCAUAAUAAACUUAAAUAUUACAGGAUAUCAGAUUAAAAGUGCAAAAACGUUUUUAACAGUUAUUUUUUCAUAGUCACAUUUUUUACAUUUUAUAAACAAACAUGCUACAUGUUUGAGAGGCUCUGUGUUGCUUACAGUGAAGUGUAUCCUGAAUCACUCCUGUGACUGUACAAUCAUAGCAAUAAAGAAGAAUAAAAAACACUCAUUGCUGGUGGAGUUGACUUUGCACUGUUGUGUCGUCAGCAAACUUAGUGAUGGAGUUGGAACUAUACAGUCGCAGUUGUUGCUAGUGCCCAGCAAGGGGCUCAAAUCCUUGUGGGACUCCAGUACUGAUGGCGCUGAACUCAGAGCCGCCCACCAGAACUACCUGAAGGCCUGUUCUAUAGGAAUAUCAGCACCAAUCUACACACCUAGAUGUUCAGUAUGAGUAUGGGUCCUACAGUGGGGUGACCACAGAAAUCCUUCUGAGGGAUGACAACAGGCACAACUCCUGCACUCAACACACAGGUUGACCUGGGGCCUGUAUGAGUAGCUUAGGGGGCAGGUCACACUGUGAGAUGACACUUGAAAUGGCGGAAAAAGAAAAAGGAGCAGUAGUCCUGCACAGGUUAUCAAACAAAAGGCCUGUAUAUGAAUUUGGGCAGGACCAUCCCUACAUACAUCCCAUGUGGGUAAUAUCUGAUAUAGGUGCUUGAGAAAAGUCCAUGGUGGGCUCACUAUGCAAAUUAAUUAAAAUCUGUAUUAAAUAAUUAUAGAAAAAUUGAAUUUACUUUAAAAAUGUUUGGGGGUU